AUGGCCUCGCGUGCAAGAACCUCCACCUCACCGGAUGGCGCAAAGACCCGACGGAGGGGUGAUCCUUAUUCCCGACCUUCAAAUCCCCAGAAUCAGUCCAAUGUUGAAAAUCCGGUAGGUCUGUUCGUGAAGAAUCAGUGCGACGCAGAACUCACCCAUGUGGAGGAUGCACCCUUCGCGCCCCUUGUCCCAUACGUUCCGCGAUGGAAUCGCCACUUACCAGACACAGACCUCGACUCGAGUGAACACAACUCAGUCCUUGCUGCCUAUUUUUCCCUAUCCUGUAGCUGGAACAUGAUCGUGAACCCUACUUGUUUCGUUCGCGAUUACGCCAAAGCUUUAUCGCAGGAGAUUGGUGAGGAAGUAGCUCAUUACUCUCCAAUGCUUCACAACGCUAUGCUCGCCUUCGCCUUGGCGUUCUCAUCAAAUCAGGCGCACCAAUCUGUCGAGUUCCGUCGGCGGUUUGUCACUCAGGCGAAAGUUUACGUUGAUACUGAAUGUCAAGCACCAACUCUGAGCACUGUCCAGGGGCUUGCCAUUCUCUCUUGUUUCCAUAGUGGAGCCGCCGAGUUAGUCCUUAGCUUUACGUACUUAGGGAUGGCAAUGCGGGUUUCCCAAGCUCUCAAUCUGGAGAAUAUGAAACUGGGAACUAGACUCAAUGAUAUUGAUUAUCAGCGCGCUUGCGUUUUCUGGAGCCUAUUCUCGAUGGACAAAUGCGGCAGCUUGUAUGUUGGUCGACCUCAAACUCUCGCUCCUUCCUUCGAAGGCCCAUAUCAACCGCCGGGCACCCCGCCGAUCGACUACGGUGUAGACGUUGGCAUGGAGUGUUUGCAACCCCCACCAUCUCAUGUUUCAGGACCGCCAAAUAUUGCAUUUAUUUGGUACAUUAAGGUGAUGCGUAUCAUUCAGCUUGCCAUGAAGAUGCUAUAUGGUAAAAACGGUGUUUGCAAUCCCAUCGUUGAUAUUCGCCACAUUGAGUACAUAAGCGGGCAGUUAGAACGAUGGAAACGAGAUCUUCCCGGCUCUCUUCGCAUUGAUGAUAAAGACCCCGAUCUUCACGUCACUCCCGAAGUGACAAUGGUUAAUCUCAUGUGCGAAUGGAUGCACAUCCUUCUGUAUCAGCCCUUUUACCAAGAUCGCUCCAGCAUUCGUUACAUCACCACUCCCGUGCACCAGAUCGGUUUUUCUGAUCAGGAUUACACCCGUGUCUCACAACAGCGCGAGCGAGCAUAUCAGACUGCCACGCCCGCCGCCGAGCGGAUCCUUUUCUUGUUGGAGAAAUUUGACUCUGAACAUGGUCUCGACAAGAUGGACAAUGCCUCCGUCCAAAUAGCCUACGUUGCUGGGAAAAUUCAUUAUCUGGGCAUUAUAGACAGUACCUCCGCUGUCCAUAGAUCCAUGUCAUCCAAGGAUGGCAUGGAGAAGGCUAUUCAACUCCUGAGGAGGAUGGGCAGCAUCUGGGGAUCUGCCGUGGCUUCGGCGAACAGACUCGAGGAAUUGUUCACGACUGCUUCUGGGAAUGCGUUGGGGGAAAACUCGGCAUCGUAA